CAACACAUUCUUCAUCGACGGGCAUACGUGUUGCGAGAACACUUUUGGACCGUAAUGCAACAUACGUGUACUGUCUUGUAAGCCUUGUAUUGAUUUAUAUUGUCAAGUUGGAUGUUUAGCUCUCAUUAUUGUCCAUUAUUGCAAUGUAUAAUACACAGCGGAGCACCUUGAGCCCCGGAAAAUGAUACCUAAGGUCGUCUCUGCUAUCUCCAUUUUCUGGGUGGUUGGAGUAUGCGGUGCCACAGGACCAACGCAGCUUAACCCAAGCACGAAACCACCACCAAGUGCUACACCUAGUGUCUCCCAAGCCUCUCCUCUGGCAUCGAAUUCCGGUUUAGUAGGAAGUCAUGGCCGAGUCUCGCCACCAUCCAGUGCAACUCUUCACCCAAAGCCUGCAAGCAUUGCAGUAGGAGCGGGUACGCCUCACAAGCCACAGACAAUUGGCACGAGCGGCGCUGCGACCUCCAACGUAGCAGUUAAUUCAACGUUACGUGUGGCUGCUGCGGGAGUUCCGUCGCAAACUGGUAAGCAACAUUUUAUGCACUUACCAUUAUCUGCAACUUCCUUAACAAGCACAGCAAAGCCCUCAGUCCCGCAAAAUAACGCCUCGGCAGGCGGGAAACCUAUUGCACAACAGGCAUCAGGCUCUACAAGCACCUCAGUGAGGAACACACAAGCAUCACGACGUACAACGAGCGUCUCGGGAGUACAGAAUGGCCAGCCAGGCGGAGGAAUUCCUCCUGUGCCACCGGCAGCAGGCACACGUAACAAAGAACCUAAGGAGCCUGGUAUCACAGCUGCCCAUGCACCCAGCGUUACGACCAGACCGGUGGUUCAGAAGCCCGGGUCGCAACCGCCCAAGCCUCUAAACGAAAAUGUUGCACGGAAUCGACCAAGGACACAAAGAAUAGUGUCUCAAACCUUCUCGGAGGGACCACUGAAUGAUUUCCGAUUGGUGAAACCAACUCCCAGGAGGAGGAAUGAAGGAAUUUAUUUAUAUGUCGAUGAGAAAGACAUCCCUUUCUUCCCAGGACCGCUUAACGAACCUCCUCUAAGUGUUUUUGUUUAUAGGAUGCCUCCUGAACUUCCGAGAACAAUACCUAGACUGCCACCAAUACUCAGAAUGCGACCAGCAGAGUAAAAUGGUUGAACCAGCUUGGCCGACAACCGGAAGCUUCAAAUGAGAUAGGGCGCAAACCCAAAUAUAAAGUGACUAUGUUGAACUUAGUACACUAAGUACUAUUUCGAAUUCACGAAAAAAAAAUCGCGUGUUGUGUGAGAAUUUUCACCUAGGCGUGAACUGAUCAGCAAAGAAGAAACAUACGCAAAUAUUACGACCACGUCUUCUUAAUAACCUCAGCAAACGAUCAAUAUAAAGCAACACAUACAGGUUCUAAAGAAGUGUGCAUUUUGGGUGUAUUUUUUUCGUCCUUCAACGCAGUUAUUUUUAGGAAUCUCGAGGGAUGGAUGGAAUAAUUGCAGUACCUGAUCUUGAUUACUACAAGUGCUGCAUAAUAUUUGCGGCAGAAAGCCAAGUAUGUAAUCCUCGAUUUCAUAAAAAACAAUUGCAUUAUGAUUAGGGCUGCACGUUUUCGGAUAAAUCCCAAUAAAUCCGAUAAACGCUCGCCGGUAAAAUUCUGUACAAUUCGAAUUUAUCCGAUAAACUUCGAUUUUAACGGUCAGUAUAACCCUGUUUCGUUCUUUAUCGAAAGGGCAUGUCUUAAGCGGCCAUUGAUACAUCGGCCGGUUUUCGCCGAUAUGAACGUUACCCCAAGUCAACAAAAUAUUGCAGACUGGACCCAUCGCACAUUUACCAAUGAGCCUGUCGCGCACAUAGCGAGAGAUGUCAGCGCAUGUAGGAGCCCCGGGAGCGCGAGACAACAUUUUCAUAUACGGCCCCAUGGCAGCCCUGGGACGCGCCAGGCGAAAUGGAAUAUACGGACUUCGUGACGUAUGCUUGCGUCUAUUGCAACAAGCUUUCAGGUUGUAAUACGCACAAACGUAGAUGUUUUGUAAGGUUCAGAGCUGGGCUUGUAGCGCUUGUAAGUUUCUACUGGAAAGUCUUGCAGUUAUCUUCAACUGUGUCCUGUUAUUCUCAUUUUGAUUUUUGUGCAAUAUUUUUUUUUCUAAGUGUAUAGGCGGCACAUAUCUCGUUUUGUCACAUAAGUUUGCGCAGGAAUUUCUUCUUGGAUAAGAAUUCAUUGACUCUUAGUUCACAUGCCUCGAUCGUCCUAUCGCUUGGGUGUGCACAAAAUCCGUUUUUGGAUAAGUUAGCACUGCGCUGCUAGUUCAUUUCUGGGUCGCUGGGGGGUGCGUGGAUGCAUAUGUAUGAAAUAUUUUUUUCCUAAAGUUCACUUGCGAGUGUAGCGAGUGUCGUCUCCUUGUCUCAUUUGUCCCCGUCCAAACUGCGCUACUUCACUGUACGGUAUAUGUUUUGUAUUGAAGUAUUUGAGCUUGUGUGCUUUGUGUUAGUGCGUUGAAACCUCCCAGACAACGAAAAUGCGCUUGGCGUGUUCUGAUGCUUUUGUGUUUAGAUACCAUUUCGUGUGAGAUAUUUGAUUAUUGAAUAUAAUACAAAAUUAAACUCCGGAUUUUGGAGAAUACCGGAUCUACGAAAAAUGAACUCCGGUAAACGCCAGAUUUCCGCCAAAAAGUAAACUCCAAGAACACCCUCCGAAUUUCAAGUUACGUAAACACCGCACAUUGCAAUGAUUGUGGUUGUUCACCUGUCUAUUCAAAUUGUAUCAUAAUCAGCCGCCACAAAGAAAAGUGCACUCGAGAAAUCAUCGAAGCAAAGACCAUAAUCAUAGAAGGGGCGAAAUGUGUCAGCACACCGUCGAUAGUGUUGUCAGAAAAAGAAAUUAUGUUCCUCAAUUCGUCAGUGCGCUGAAAUUGUUACGUGGCCAUAAAAGCGAUGUAUAGCAGAUUUCCAAUAAAAAACCAGUUGCUAGAGCGCUUCCGUCUGUGUGUCCGUGUGUCUUCCUCUAGUCCCUGUCUACUAGCGCUACCCUUCCAAACCGAAAAAAAAGGAGCCG